AUGGCCACAAAGUACCCACAGCAUGUAGCCAAGUUGUUCAAGCCUGGAGCACCAAUUCAAUACAAGAAGCCCGUUGACUAUCCGAUUGAAUGCCGCAAGACCAUUGCAAAUAUCGGCGGAGUAUCGCACUAUUUGGAAGAUCUGAAGACUUAUCAGCAGGAAUUUAGUCACGGUAUAGACAAUGGACAUUUACGGGCCUACGAUGAAGCAGAUCAAGAGCGGCAAUCCGAGAAUAAAAGGCUACGAGCAAAACUGGACGAGUGGAAACCGCAGGAGGAUGCUAAUAUGAGGGAAACAGAUCCCUAUAAGACCAUUUUUGUAGGCAGACUGCCGUACAGCUUCACAGAAGUGGAGCUACAGAAGCUAUUUGUACGGUUUGGCGAAAUUGAUCGAGUACGCGUGGUUAGAAACAGGUCUAACAACAAGAGUCGUGGCUACGGCUUCGUGGCGUUCAAGGAGGAACACUCUGCAAGGACCGCGUGUCGAGAAAUCGGGGUUCAUCGGGGCGAGGAAGUCGAGGGCCGUUCCAUUAUCGUGGACAUCGAACGCGGAAGAACAGUCAGGUACUUCACGCCGCGGAGAUUGGGCGGGGGACUCGGAGGCCGGGGCUACAUGAAACGCGACCGAAUGGCCAAACUGGCGCUGGCCCCGGCGACAGUAGCUGGUGGCGAUACCCCACGAGAAGCACGCGAAGAAGUGCCCACACGUCUGAAUGCUUUUCCACGAAACACCGCCGUUCCCACUCAUCGCAGCCGCUUUUCGGGCCACAGCAAUACGAACACGAACAACAAUAACAAUAAUGUCAGCCACUACGCACAGCCAGUAAAUCUUGAAAGUGCUUCUUCCGCUACUGGCUAUCGCUCCAGAAGCUCAAGAACCGGUUCUCGAUUUGAACGCUAG